GCACAGCUCUGCUCCGAUUGGUGUAGGCCGGUGUCGCUCACCCGGGAGGGCGGGUCGCUGAGCGUGGGCAGCGGCCCUCGGCCGUGCUUUGUUGGUGGCCUUUGGCGGACGGGAGCGGCGGGGAGGCGCCGCCUGAGCCCCGAGCAGAAUGGCUGGCCGGAGUCAGGAGCAGAGUCUGAGGGAAGAGCUGACCUGUGCCAUCUGCUGUGAGCUCUUCAGUGACCCUGUCAUGCUAGAUUGCAUGCACCAUUUCUGCAGGGCAUGCAUCCAAGGCUACUGGGGCAGGUGCCCCCGUGUGGCUUCCUGUCCCCAGUGCCGAAGGGAGUUCUCCAGCCGCACCUUUCGCCCCCACUAUCUAGUGUCGGGGGUGGUGGAGAAGGUGCGGAAGUGCAGCUCAGAGGACCACAAGAGAAAAAUGCAGAAACAUCUUGAAAAUGCGCUGCGAGCUCACCAGCGAGAGAUGGAGAACUUUGUGAGAAUGAAGCACAUAGCGGAGGAGGAUAUUUGUAGUCUGACGAAAGCCUCUGGGGAGCUGAACUCUAAGAUUCGAGCAGAAUUUGAGCGACUUCAUCAAAUCCUGGAGGAAAAGGAGAGAGUUGUGUUAAUGGAGCUGGCCAAAGAGGAGGAGCAGUUACUGUUGAGGCUGCGUGGGGACAUCAUGCAGCUGGAGGAGGGGAUCUCAGAGCUGGGAAAGAACAUUGAGCACAUACAGGAAAUCCUGAACAAGACGGGAGACUCAUUACUGCUGGAGGUGGAGAGUGUGGCUAUCAGGCCCCCAGUGCAUGUGGAGGCACCGCCUGCCCUGGACAUAGAGCACCACAGAGAGCGGUACAGUGGCCCCCUGCAAUACAUCUUCUGGAGACAAAUGCUGCAGUCAAUCCACCCUGCUCCCGCCCCGCUGACAUUUGACCCCGAAUCAGCCCACCCUAACCUCAUCUUCUCCAAAGACCUGACUGCAGUGACGGAGAGCGACAGGCGGCAACCUGUCUGCACCAGCCCCAAGCGUUUCCAGCAGUGUGUUAACGUGCUGGGCUCCGAGACCUUUGACAGCGGGAGCCACUACUGGGAGGUCUGGGUGGGCAGCAAGACCAAGUGGGACCUGGGAGUGGCAGCAGAGUCCGUGGACCGGGCAGCCAAGGUCAAGCUGUGCCCUGAGAGUGGCUACUGGGCACUUCGUCUGAGGAACGGGACGGAGUAUUGGGCCACUGCCACCCCAUGGGUGCGCCUUGCCCCGAGGAGCUGUCUCCAGAAGGUGGGGGUCCUUCUGGACUGCAAAGAGGGGAAGGUGGCGUUCUACGACGCCCAAGACAUGACCCACCUCUUCACCUUCCACCAGGCUGCCGCACGCAGGUUCUGCCCCUUCUUCAGCACUUGCUUCAGCGACGGCAAGCUGAACGUGGAGCCCAUGAGAAUCUGCCACCUGACUCUGUAAUGGUGAUGCAGGGGAUUAGGGGGGCAGGCAGUCUCCCAGGAAGCCAUGCAGAUGCCAGAUAGACAACAUGUGGCCCUGGGAGCUGGUGGUGUUUUCUGGUUUGGCUGUAGUUGCUGCUGCUUGGACUCUCUCUGGAAUAGAAAUCGCCUUCCAGAACAGCUCAAUUGGCUCCGCCCUGCCCUAGUGCCUGGUCAUUUACUGUUGGACUGAAUGUAGCAAAGGUGUGUGGACUUUGGUCAGCCUAACCUGUAAAUCCCAAGGCUCUAGGGCAGAGUCAGGGAGAGUCUCCAUUUGUGGCUUACGUUGUAGGGAGAGAGGAAGUGACUGAAUCUUCGUUCCCAGUAUUUUGUCUUUUGUUCCCUGCCUUGGCACGGGGGUGAGGGCGUCCUGGACUCUCAGCUCAGCUUAAGGCACAGUGUGUUGUGCGCUGAGGUUUCCCCAGCCUUCCUCACACCAAAAAGAUGGUGCAUCUCACUGCUGUGCAGCAGCCAGUGACACUGAUAAAUAGACAGCCUCUUCUCUGCAGUCGCUUUGGUAGAGACUGUGAGAAGAUUCAAAGGAAACUAGGCAACCUACGUGAAAAUCAGGAAUUGCACAAUGGAAGCGAUGAUUUGGAUUCUGUAUUGGUGUAAUCACUCAGGAAAAGGCCAGGAGGCUCAUUAGGGACUACUCAAACAGCUGUCUUCAAAGGGCUCCUGCCUUUCUGGGACUGGAACAAUCAGGUAGAAGUCUGGUGGUAAGUUCUAGGGAGCUCCUGGUCGGUGGGGAGGCGCCUGUUGCAUGGUGGGGAUUGCAUCUUCGUGACACAAUGGACAGUGCUGGCUGUGAGUGGAACAAGCAUGGGGGCAGGGGAUGGAUCUUCAAUGACUUACUGAGAUUUUGCUGCUCUUACUCUAUGAAUUUGAUCUGUGAAGUGGACACUGCUUAUCCUAGUGGCCAGCUUGUUGGGAGCCCUGAGGAGCCAAUGGAGAGGAAGGACAGCUGUAGCCUUACUGACCUUCUCUGCUUCCCCCCUACUUUCUCUGCACAAAUGGUGUGGCCUUUAACAGCCAUGCACUUCUGUCACAGGAGACAAAGUGGGGGGCUCAGUCCUCCCCUUUUCUGCCUGUGAGCAGAGGACUGUGUUGCCCAGUGUGUGACGGAGCGUGACAGGGCAGAGUCUCAGGGACUCUCUAGAGAGCAGGGUAGAGAGUCUGGAACCUUCUGAAUGCGAAACUGUUGGGAGGAAGAGGGCAAUUCAGGGGCCAAGGGGUGUCUGCUAUUAUUGCACAUCGAACUUUUCUUCCCAUGUCGUCCGACUGGGCGGCUUGUGUUUGGCUCUCAGAUUGUUUGAUGCUAUAGCCCUUGUCUUUCCCUGCACCCCUAGUGAAGAGAGGAGUUGAGCUGAUGUGGAAGCACCUCUUGCCAAUAUUGCCACUCUGAGUGGUUGCCUCCCCCUCACACGCUUCCUGGCGAAAGUCAAGUCUUCUCCAAGGCUGCUCCAGAGACUAUUGGGGGAGGCAGGUUUCUGAUCUGUUUAGAUUGUAAGCUCUUUGGAGCAGGAGCAGUCUUUUUGUUCCAUGUGUACAGCACCCAGCACCCUCAGCUCUCACUGAAGUCAGUAAGAGGUGAGACCGUGGCAGCUCCCAAGAGGCACUCAGCGCCUUGCAGGAUUGAGCUCUAUGGCUGCUGGCGGAGAAGUUUGUUUGGGGGUUUAGGGAAAUAGAGCUGCCCUACUGUUGCAGUGUAGGUGCUGCAAAUCGGGUGCAUUGGCAGUGAUAUGGGGGAAGAGGGAGAGCUAGGGCUUGAGUAGCAGGAGUACUGAAGAUCAGACUUGGGAUACAUUGGCACAGAUGGAGGAGGCACCUGAGGGCUGGAGUAGCAGGGGUGCUGGAGGUGAAGGCUGGCAUGCAUUGGCAGAGCUGCAUGAGAACUUUCAUGGUGCUGGCUUGUGCUGUGCCAUGUGAUCAGCUCUUCAGUGCUGUGAUUUAAAAUUCAUGUAAUCUUAAAAUCUUCUGCUACACAAUCCUCAGCAGGAAUGUCUUCGUUCUGCAGCCAGCACUUCUGAUCCCCAGCCUGUGCUCCCUCUCACAUCGGCGCUUGAGCAGUUGGUAAACUGGCCUUUCAUCUAGUGUUGAUGCUUGAAGAAUUUCUUAAUCCCAGCUGUGGAAUUUCCUUUGCUUGAAGUUUGUUUCCUCAAAGGAUACGAGGGAGGGGUUCCUGCUCCCUGCAUGGGAACAGGGUGGGCCAGCAGAGGGCACUCUCCACUAAGUGAAUGUAAUGAACAGCUCCAUGCUGGCAGGCUGGUAUAGCUGCAGGUGACUUAUAUACUGUACUCUUAGCUGCUGUGCUGCUAUUAAAGCUUUUUAAAAA